AUGGUUGAUGAAACCAAAGACUUAUCAAAAAAAGAACAAAUGAGUUUUUUAAUAGGGUUUGUAGACAAAGAACUAAAUAUUUGUGAGAGAUCAAUUGGUUGCUACCACAUGGCAAAUUCAAAUGCUGAAAGUUUGGCAAGUGAAAUAACUAAAAUACUAUCAAUAAAUAAAUUGGAUAUCAUGAACUGUAUUGGACAAUGCUACGAUGGAGCUUCUGUUAUGAGUGGGCAGUAUUCCGGUGUUCAAGAAAGAAUACGCUCCAAAACAAGGUAUGAGCUAUUUGUCAGAGCUCAAAAAGAUAAACAAAUACCUGUAAUUCAUUUGGAACGGUUGGUAGACACAAGGUGGGCAUAUUGGUAUAAAUCAAUACAAAAAGUUAAUAUGUGUUUUACUGAAAUUUUAGAAGUUCUAUCAAUACUGAGUCAUCAGGGAGAUCAAACUGCAAGAGCUAUUGGUAUAUUAAAAGAAUUUUCAAAUAUUUCAUUUAUAAAAACUUCUCAUGCUAUGGAGAUUUUAUUACAAACUAUUCACUGUGCUUCAGUAGAACUUCAAGGCGCAAGUAUUAUACAAUCUUCAGCGAUUAAUUUGUUACAAAAUACAAAGCAAAAUAUCCAAAAAAUGCGUAGCGAUACAUUUUGGGAUAAAAUUAAUAACAGCGCAAAAUUAGUUGCUGAAAAAAAUGAAAUAGUCUAUGAAAAUAGUUCAAGAAAUAGAAGACCAGUGAGAUUAAAUAGAAAUCUUCAAGAUUUUUUUAUUCAAUCAACAAUAAGACAAGGAACUUAUGAAAAUAAUAGGAAUACAUCAAUUGAAAAUAACUUGCCAUUGAGUGAUAUAAAAAUUAUUUUUUAUACUGCAAUUGACAGGUUUUUGAAUGAACUAAACCAUCGCUUCAGCAAUCCUAGUAAUGAAAUAGUUCUUACUUGUAACAUUUUCUCAUCCUCUAGUAUUGAUUAUUUUAAUUUAAAAAGUCCCCAUUUAGUUACCUUUAUUGAUCAUUAUAAACAUUUUAAAAUUAAUUAUGAAAAUCUUCAAUGUGAAUUUCCAUCUGCAAAAAAUUUAAUAAAUCAUGCAAACAUAGACAGAGAUGAUGGAAUUCAUGACCUUUAUUCUAUUUCAAAAAUUUUAAACCAACUUCCAAAUGCUUUUCAAGAAACUCUUAAAAUUAUAAAUAUCCUUAUGACUUUGCCUGUUACUACUGCAUCCAAUGAACGCUUCUUUUCUUCUCUAAAAUUAGUUAAAACCCAUCUACGGCUAACAAUGGGAAAUGAACGGCUGAGUGAUUUACUGGUCAUUGCGGUGGAAAGUGAUGUAUCAGGUAAAAUUAAUUUAGAUGAUGCGGUUGAUCCAUUUUCUGUCGACAGACGCCAUGCUGAGUGGCGUAAAUUGGGUGGUGCAAAUGUAACACUUGCACCACCAGAAAAUCAUAAAGAUUUGUAUAGGAGAAUCAACUAUCCAGCCAACAGCCAGACUGUGAACACCUACUCUGCUGACCAACACUGCAUCCAGCGUUCUCAACAGUUACUUCAACAGGGCAACAGCGCCCACGGUUCACACCCGAACCGGUCUCUACAACAGCCGUUUUCACCGCUUUCAACAGGGCACCAGCGCCCACGGUUCACACCCGAACCGAUCAAACCAACAGCCGUUUUCACCGCUUUCAACAGGGCACCAGCGCCCACCAAAGCCGCCGUGGAAAUGACAGCAACAACAACAGCCGUUUUCACCGCUAUUCCGACAGGGCACCAGCGCCCAAGGUAA